AUGGACAGCAGCGUAGACAUGACCAGAAACCACCUCAGGAAGCGGCUGGACCAACUGGGCUACCGACUCCAUUUUGGGAUGGACUCAGUGCCGCUGGUUGCUAAACUCUUCAGCGAUCUGGUGCACACCACGGCUAGUCGCACUUCAGGAAGAGGGGGGGGGUGCCGUCACGGCGACGUCUCUAAAACCGUGCGGGCGACACAGUUGGCGGAGGCGCAGGAGGCCAAUCGGGCGCUGGAGCGGACGCUGGAGCGGACACUGGAGGAGCUGCGGCGGGCGCGCAGCGAUGAGGCGGCCGAGCUGGCCUCCCGCAACGAGGACGGCGCCGUGGCUCAGAUGGUGGCAGUGAAGGAGCGCGUGCUCAGCAUGGCCUACAGGAAGCUGUCCGCCUCCAAGGAGGUCAUCCUGGGUCAACAGGAAGUCAUUCAAAACUUGGAGGAGAACCUUCGCCAUAUAAAAGCGGAGCUUUGCGAGCAAAGUCGUCUUCGGGAGCAGCUGGCGGAGGCGAGAGGACGCAAUGACAAACUGGAGGGACUGGUUGCCUUCUUGGAGGCCGAGAAGAGCGCGCUGCAGGACAAAGUGGACAAGAUGAUGGCCGACGAUCGAGAUCUGGUGCUGGGCUUGGAUUUGCCGCGGGCCACCAUCGGCGGCGGCGGCGGCGGGCCAAGGCGCUGCCUGGCAGACGUCAUCACGAGCCUGGAGGAGGAACGCGAUCGCUACCGCCGUGAGGCCCAGCGAUACAAAAGCCUCCUCGGAGCCACGGCGCCCACAGUAGCCACAAUGAAUAGUCCCACGCAAGCCAGGAGGAGCAAGUUCGUACUGGCCGCCACAUUUCAGGGCAACGUCGCAUGAGGCAAGUAGACGCUCGCGUCGAAAACAAGCAGCGUGCACUUCCUGCGCCGACAACAUUUACGUACCUCAAGCAAAAGCACUUUAUGCUAACAACCAACCUCCAAGCGACGCUCGUCACAAUUGUACUAUUGAUUUUCUUUGACUUUCUUUCUCUCGUCAUAUUUUUUUCUUUACUACUUACACAUGGACUCAAUGGCGUCACCGAGUGGCAGAUAAUAGAGCGCACACCGCCACCUACUGUACCGGAGGUGCAAGUGCAUUUCCACUUGGGGGCAUUUUAAAAUUACAACUGA